AUGAACGUAGAAGAAUACAGACACCAAGUUGGAGGACAUUGCAAAUUGAUAAAACCAAAGGAUUCAUCAAAAGUAUACAAACCAUUAAUCGAAAAUGAAUAUAUUUUUUAUGAAAAGUUAACAAAAUUUGGCGCCUCUUCUGCAGAAUCAGGGCCGUUACAUAUUUUAAAAAAAUUUAUUCCUAAAUUUUACGGGGUAACAGAAAUCGUCGUUGAAUAUUCCUCAUCGUCCGAAGUGGAAGAUAAUUUAUUUAACAAAAAAAAAAAAAAAAAUGAAAAAGCGGGGGAAGCAGAUGUAGAAGCAGAAGUAACGGGAGAGGAAGAAAGUAGCCAUAAUGGUGGAAAAUAUUUAAGUUUUGAUGGACACGAAAGUGCACAAAAGAAUCCGGAAUGGCAGAAGACGGACGAGUCCACAGGAGCGAGAGAAUAUGGAGAUAAAAAAAAAUCACAGGAGGUAAAUAAAACAUUUGAUGAAGGAAAAGCCCCUGUGGAAGAAGCGAACUGGGAUAUUUACCGAACGUAUGAGAAAACAAAAAAUGAGAAAAAAAAGCAAAAUAAGGAACUGAUAAAAAUUAAGAAAAGAAAGAAGUAUAUACCGCAUAUAGUCUUAGAAGAUUUGGUAUAUGGAUUUAAAAGACCAUGUGUAUUAGACAUAAAAAUGGGAAAAAGACAAAGAAAGAUAGGAGCAUCAUUAGAAAAAAGGAAAAGACAAGUAGAAAAAAGUUUUAGAACAACUAGCCAUUCAUUAGGAUUUCGAUUAUGUGGUUGUCAACAUUAUAACAAAAUAAAUGAUAAAUUAUUUUAUAAAGAUAAAUAUUGGGGUAGAAAUUUAACAAAAGAAAAUAUUCCAUGGGCUAUUCGAAAUUGGUUCUGGAAUGGAAGUUUAUUGUAUGAUGAAUUGAUUCCAUUACUUCUUGAAAAAUUACAUCGAUUUUUUAAUUGUAUAGUUGAAUUACGGCAUUACAGAUUUUGGUCUUCUUCUCUUUUAUGGGUAUUUGAUGGUGGAUUGAGUGAUAAAAAAGCAAGAUCAAAUUCGUUAGAUAUACGAAUGAUCGAUUUUGCAAAUACAAUUUAUUUACAAGAUAAUCCAUCUGUGGAUGAUGAAUAUAUAUUUGGACUUAAAAAUUUAAUUCAUUCUAUGCAGAUUUUAAACAAUACAAUUCACAGUAUGCAGUUUCUACCCCAUGAAAUUAAUACUUGUUUUUAUUCAGAAAAUUAUAAACUUACACGAAAUUCAAAUCGUCCAAUUUUCAAAAAAUCAAAUUCUGCCAUUUUUGAAGAAAAUGAAAGAAAAAAAAAAAAAAAAAAAAAAAAAAUUGUAUACGUAAAUUUUGAUUUUUUAAAAAAUACAAAUGUAAGACGAAAAAGAAAUAAAUUAUAUUCAGGAAACAUGAUAGGUGCAUUUUCUGCAGAAUUAGCAACCACCUUGUCUAUCGGAGAGUCACAAAAAGGGACAAGUGACGAUGGGUUAACAUUUUACUACAUUAACAAAUUUACUAGAAAAAAAAAAAAAAAAAAAAAAAAAUUGAAUCAAAUGCAAUAUAUGAGCAACUCAGAUUGUCCAAUCACAAAUGAUUUGAUUUUCUCUCCAUAUAGCAAUCCGGUAGUCAUAUUAGAUGACGAUCAGAAAAAUUUUAAUGAUUUUCUAGAUGAGCCUCUCUCAACAAAUAUUUUCCCAUACCCUAUGUUAAAUUUUCUCGAACAGAACAAUUCAAACACCAUUAGACAAGUUAGACAGAACUCCAAUCUGAUAAUCACUCCUGUACCAUUUUCUAAUGUCGAUAACAAGGAUGAUAAUCCAGCUUCUGGUAAACUUCUUGACAAUGUUGAACUCUUAGAAAAUAUGAAUAUCCGAAUGCUUAACGAAAAAGGAAAUUUUCACAAGUUGGAUAAUAUAAAGAAGUUAAGAGCACAUCAACUGGAAUUGGAAUCACAUCGAAUGGAUGAUUAUACGUAUAACCCAUUUAGAGGUAGUUCUAUGAGGAAGAAAAAUUCUGUUGAUGUUACAGAUUCAGAUGGGAAAAUAAAAUAUACAUAUCACACAUGUGAAGCCGAAUAUCCAGAGAAGAUGAAGAAACGAAGCAGUAAAAGAAAUUGGAAUGAAACAACUGAGAAUGUAAAAAUAGAUAAUUUCACAGAAAGAAUAAAAAUCGAAGGGCACAAAAAUGAACCUAUUUUCACUGAUCAGGUUACUACUAUGACACAUAAGAAAAAUUUGGGAUAUUACAAACCUGACACAAAUGAUUCAAAUAUAGCUAGCAAACAAAAAAAAUUAUUUUUGAAAAAUAAAAAUGGAAAUAAAAAUUUCAUCGAUCUAGUCAAAGAAGAAACAACAGAUGCAAUAAACAAAAAGGGAAAAAUUAUCCAAAACAAACAUUACCAAAAAUAUAUGAACAAAUUAGAGGAAAAAUAUGCAUCUGAUUCUAAAAAUGCAAAGAUGAAUGUUUUGUUAUUUCAAAAUAAUGAAGACAAGUCUAGCAUAUCACGAAAGGGAAAAUUAUUUAAAAAAAGCAACUCAGGGAUGAAGUAUAAAAACAAUUCACAUGAACAAAUUAUCCACGAUGUUAUAGUAAAGACAUUGAAAGUUGCAUCUAGAAUUAGUGUAGAUGAACAAACCAGGAGUACAUUCAUUACCCAUGAGAAUCAGCCAUAUGAAAAGACAAAUCAGGUAAAUAUUAACGAACGUAAAAGUAAAGGAAAUGCACAUUUUAAUAAUGAUGAGGAAAAAAAAAAGGAAAAUAUGUUUAUAAACUCCAAUAAUGCAGCUGGGAAAAUAUUAAGUUACAAACAUGAGUAUACCUCUGCAGAUGAAGCAUAUCAAAAUACAGUUGCACAGAAUGAGAACGAACACAAGGAUCGAGCGAGUAACAGAUGUGAUUUUAUAAAUCAGUUUGGUGUGAAUGAAUUGUUCAAUUCGGUUGUCCAUGUCCAGGUUCCGGAAAAGGAGGAGAAACGGGAUGGAAAAAAACAUGGAGGAAAGGUGGAAGUGGCAGACGGAAAAGAAAAGGUAAAACAGGACGAGACAACACAAUGCGCAUAUGUUGAAAAACACCAACAAAGGAGUUUGAUGUAUAAUAUGAAGAAACACUGGGAGAAUCAGAGAAGCAGAACAAGUUGUGGAAAUAUACAAAAUCAUUCUUCACUCAAUGAAAAAAAAUUAGACCUGCUUAGCAGAAACAUAAACUUGAAAUUGUUCAUUAAUCAUUCGAUUAAUACAGAAAUAGGGGAAAGAAAAAGAAAGAAGGAGGAACACUAUUUUUUCCCUUUUACCAAGGAUAAAAACAAAUUGAAUUUCCAAAGUGUGAAUAAUGAUUACUUCUCCGAUGACAACAAGGACACAGUUCAAAUUCAAGAAAAGUUUCAGCGCUUGCAAGGGGUGCAUGGAGUCAACAGAAUGGACAGAGUAAGCCGAAUCAACAGAAGAAAAGAACAUAGAAUUAAUAACAUUUUUGCAGAAACAGGAAGGGGCGAACUGAUGCCAAAUCAUAGCGCACUGUGCAUGGAAAACAGCUUCAGCUACAACUCCGAUUCAGGUAUAAUUUAUAAUAGAAGCUCAAAGGAACAUGAUAUGAAAAAGACACAAAAAAAAGAAACAGAAACGAUGUAUAAAAGAUGCAGCUCUUGUACAGAUAUACUACUAAACAUAAGAAAAGGAAAAACAAAAAACAACAAAAAAAAAUAUAUUAAAAAAAAUUUUUUUAAAAAAAUUAACUUUACAUCCAGAAUGAAAAAAGAUAUAAUUAAAACAUAUAAAAAAUACAUAUUUUUUAAUUACACUACCCAUAGUAAACAUUGCAUUACACCUAUGACUGAUCAUUCACAAAGGCAUGAUCCUACUUAUCAUAUAUCAGACGAAUUUAACCUUUUUAACAUAGAGUAUGAAAGCAACCGAUUUGUUCACUCUGUUGCAAAUCAAAGGAACACACAAAAAAGACAAAAAAGACAAAAAAGACAAAAGAUGCAGAGCAUAUUCAACAAUCACAACAUGAUAAAUAACAAUUUCCCUUGUAACCAAUUUAGGGAAAAGAACCUCAUAGUACCACUAGCAGAUACGAACCAGAAUUAUAAGUAUCUUCGAAGAUCUCUAUCUGAACCAAAUUUCUACAAAUUUGGAUACUUCAGGUGUGUGCUUAACGACUUUUAUGGUACCAAGAUUAAUUAUGAUAACUUAAUUAAAAAUAGAUUAGAUAAAUCCAGUAAGGUUCCUAUUUACAAUCAGAUAUAUGGAUUUACGUCCAAUUCAAGUGAUAUGGAUUCGUCAGAGGCAUCUUCUAGCUACUAG